UGAUAAUUACACACCAACUGCUUCUCCCAAAUGGCUUCAACACUCUCGUGCAGAGCCAAAGCCAUACGCGCCCUAUCCUCCCCCACCACAGUACGACGUCGUCUGCCCCUGGUGGGAGCAUUCUGCGUGCUCAGCUUGGGCAUCUCCAACCUCUUUCCUGCUCUUUCCUUGUCCGCGUUCAAAACGGGCUCUGCUCAGUCUCUCGCUCCUCUCUUGAGAUCAAGGUUUGGUAGCCAAGCAGCGGCUGUUCACUCUGCGAAAAUGGAAGGGACUAGCACCACUGUACCAAGUAUUGUUGUUUAUGUGACUGUGCCUAACAAAGAAGCAGGAAAGAAGUUAGCUGAAAGCUUGGUCAGAGAAAAACUUGCAGCAUGUGUUAACCGAGUACCAGGCAUUGAGUCCGUCUAUCAGUGGAAUGGAGAGGUCCAGACAGAUUCCGAGGAACUUCUUAUAAUCAAGACUAGGCAAUCCCUUUUUGAAGCUCUGACAGAGCAUGUGAAGGCAAACCAUCCAUAUGAUGUUCCAGAAGUUAUUGCGCUACCUAUCAACGCAGGCAGUCUCCAGUACCUAGAAUGGGUCAAAAACAGCACAAGGGGCUGACUUAAAGCUCAUUAUUAGGGUUCAAGUACAUAGAACCAUUUGACUGGUUCUUGAAGUGGGCAAGCAGAUGGUUUAUGUGUUUGUCUGUGUGCAAGUCUGUGUGUAUAUGCGCAUCUCAAAUAAAGCGAGCUGCAUGCCAGCUUCUUAGCUUUAUGUAUCAGCUUCUUAGUGUUACAGUUGUAAUGGGGAAUCUUUAAUCGCCUUUGGGUUUUCUGUUGGUUACUUUCUAAGAUAAUGUGCGGACUUAUUUUAGUAAAAGCAUACUAGUUGAAUAUGCCCCUGUAUGGCAUUCUGCUUCCUCACAGAUUUGUGUCAUCUUUCAGAGUGUUUUAUUUUAACUAUAGGACGGGUAUAAUACUUAUAAAAUGUGGGUGUAUUAUUUGGCAAA